GCGGAGGCCUCAGGGGCGGCGGGUGCCGGGGAAGGCCGCACGCCGGCGCCUCGCAAGUCCUCGUCGCUGAGGAGGCCGCGAUCGUACUUGCGGCGCAGGCUGACGCUGCCCAGCACCAGGAGCAGCCGCGACCGCCUGGUGGCCGCCAUCUUGGGGUCACCCGGAGGUGACGGCAGAACGGACCAAUCAGAGGCGCGACGGGGGUGGCGUACGUCAGCGCUGUAGCCAAUGGGAUGGGAGAGGAGGCGGGAGCUAGAGCGGAGCAUGCGCAUUCCGACAACGCGUGUACGGGCACGGAUAUUAUUAGAGGAGGGGUCGGAGCACACGCCGGUGCUGGGCUAGCGGCUGAGGUUGGGGGAAGAUGUCAGGCCGCGGGCGCCCCGAGCUCGGCGGGCCGCCGGAGUUGUUCUAUGACCAGAAUGAAGCACAGAAAUACAUGCGCAACUCACGCAUGAUCGAUAUCCAGACCAGUAUGGCUGGGAGAGCUUUGGAGCUCCUUUGCCUGCCCGAGGACCAACCCUGUUACCUCCUGGAUGUGGGGUGUGGCACUGGGCUGAGCGGAGAUCAUCUCACAGAGGAAGGACACUACUGGGUCGGCGUCGACAUCAGCUCGGCCAUGCUCGAUGCAGCUUUGGACAGAGAAGUCGAGGGAGACGUAUUUCUGGGGGACAUGGGCCAGGGCCUCCCCUUCAGACCUGGUACCUUUGAUGGCUGCAUCAGCAUCUCCGCCGUGCAGUGGUUGUGCACUGCCAACCGGAAGUCAGAAAACCCCGUCAAGCGCCUGUCCUGCUUUUUCUCUUCUCUGUAUUCGGUCCUGGCGCGUGGAGCCCGAGCUGUCCUGCAGCUGUACCCGGAGAACUCAGAGCAGCUGGAACUGAUCACAGCACAGGCCACCCGAGCUGGCUUCACGGGUGGCGUGGUGGUAGACUACCCCAACAGCGCCAGAGCCAAGAAGUUCUACCUCUGUCUCUUUUCCGGACCUUCAACCUUUCUGCCACAGGGACUGAGUGACACCAAGGAUGAGGCAAUGACUGAGGCUACACCCACAGAAUCUUCUUUUGUGACCAGCAGGGUCCCUUUCCGGAUGACACGGCGCCAAGCAGUGAGGAACUCUCGCCAGUGGGUGCUGCAGAAGAAGGCACGGCGUAGGCGACAGGGCAAGGAAGUCAGACCUGACACACAGUACACUGGCCGCAAACGCAGGCCUCACUUCUGAGCAGCCCAGCCAGCUCCUUGAAGGUGUGAGCUGGUCCCUUCUGAGACGUCUCCAGGUCCAAGUCACUCCCUCGCCGACUGAUCCAAUACAAGUUUCCAAGUUCUAUGAAUAUUUUUUCCAUAAAUGUUUUGAGAAAAAAAUAGUUCUGAGAGCACUUUUAUUUUGUUCUAAAAGCAAUAAAACACUUGGUGGUUGAA